AUGGUCAUCCUGAGGAUGAGCCUCGGAUCCAUGGGCCUGGGAAUGGCGACGAACCUACAGAAGCAUCUGACCCACCUCGGCGCACCUCAUCUGCAAUUCUAUAACCGCACCAAGUCUCGCGGGCAAGUCAUCGAGGCCCUCGGCGCUGUCCCUGCUCCCUCCGUGGCGCACCUGGUCACAUCAUCCGACAUCGCCUUUCUUUCCCUCAGCAACGAUGACGCUCUCACAGAGAUCAUCGACAGACUCCUUGCAGAUGCCGGCAGCGACAUUUCGGGCAAGAUCAUCGUCGACACGUCUACCGUGCAUCCCGCCACGUCCACAGCUGUUCAGUCCCGUCUCGUGGAGCGAGGGGCCCAGUUCAUCGCCGCGCCUGUCUUCGGUGCCAGCCCCGUGGCUGCCGAUGGCAAGCUCCUCUGGGUCAUUGCCGGUCCCGAGGCUGCCGUGCAAGCCGUCGCCCCUUUUAUCGUCGGUGUCAUGGGACGGGCCAUCAUUCGCCUGGGCAAUGAUGUCUCUCAGUCGAGCAUGCUCAAGACGGCAGGGAACUUCAUGACCGCCGGCAUGAUGGAACUCGUUGCCGAGGCUCAUGUUUUUGCAGAAAAGACGGGCCUGGGCGCAGACGCUCUCGCGUCUCUUAUCGAGCAGCAAUACGGACCACUCGCCCUUUCCAUGUCGAAGCGAUUAACGACCGGCGCAUACAUGCCCGCACGAGACGAGAGGCCUUUUUCAGACCUGACCCUGGCACUGAAGGAUGUUGGCCAUGGCAUUGACGUGGCCACGAAGGCGGGGACGCGUCUACAUGUUGCUGAGGUGGCUCUGGAUCACCUGAAUGAGGCAAGCCGGUUCUCUGCAACCGAGGGCUGGCCUCUUGACUCGUCUUCCAUGUAUGGAGUCAUCAGGCAAGAGGCCGGCCUUCCAUUCGAGACUGAUUAUGUGAAGCAGAGGGACUCCUGA